AGAGGCAGUUUUUAUUCCAGACAAUGGGGUUGAACCAUGGAUGUAGAACAGCACUGUAGCUAGCUAGCUCACAACACUACAGGUAAAUUACUUCCCGUUUUGGGAUAUUGUUAUGCUUCUCUGUGAAUAAAAGCCCUUUGGACUGGGCUAAUUGUACAAUAUUGUUUUAUUAUUUUACGUCGACCAGCCGCCCGUAGCCAUGUCUAGUCGGCUAGCUUUCUAGCUUUACUCACAUCAGUGCUACUGCCAGCUAGGUUGCUAACAGCUGUGAUGUUAACCGUCAUCACACAGAAGACACACUGACAAUACUACUACUGAACAAACUACCAGCAAGAAAACUAACCCACUUUAUGAGGAACUCACCCGAAGCUGCUCGACUGCUGCUCCUGACAUGAGGAGGCUCACCAAGAAGAAGGCUCUGACCCUUGUGAAGGAGUUGGACGCUUUCCCCAAAGUCCCCGAGAGCUAUGUGGAGGCCACAGCCAGCGGCGGGACAGUGUCUCUGAUAGCGUUCACUCUCAUGGCUGUCCUCGCCUUCCUGGAGUUCUUUGUGUACACAAACACAUGGAUGAAGUAUGAGUAUGAGGUGGACAAGGACUACAGCAGUAAACUGAGGAUAAACGUUGACAUUACAGUGGCCAUGCGCUGCCAAUAUAUCGGUGCAGAUGUUCUGGAUCUGGCAGAAAACAUGGUUGCUUCUGAUGGCUUAAAAUAUGAACCAGCCCACUUUGAGCUCCCUCCAGAGCAAAGAUUAUGGCACAUGACACUACUGCACAUACAGGAGCGCCUGAGGGUGGAGCACGCUCUCCAGGACGUUCUCUUUAAGGGUGCAUUAAGAGGAGCUCCUCCCGCUGUGCCUCGAAGUGAGGACAGUCCCAGCUCCUUUACGGCCUGCAGGAUCCAUGGACACCUGUAUGUUAACAAGGUGGCAGGGAACUUCCAUGUUACCGUUGGAAAGUCCAUCCCCCAUCCCAGAGGCCACGCCCAUCUAGCUGCACUCGUCAGCCAUGACUCUUAUAACUUCUCUCACCGGAUCGACCACCUGUCCUUUGGAGAAGUGAUUCCUGGGAUCAUCAGCCCUCUGGACGGCACAGAGAAAAUCUCUCCCGAAUCCAACCACAUGUUUCAGUACUUCCUUACCAUUGUGCCCACCAAACUGAACACAUACAAGAUCUCUGCGGACACUCAUCAGUACUCAGUCACUGAGCGGGAACGAGUGAUAAACCAUGCUGCAGGCAGCCAUGGAGUCUCGGGGAUCUUCAUGAAAUACGAUAUCAGCUCACUAAUGGUCAAAGUCACGGAGCAGCACAUGCCUCUCUGGCAGUUUCUUGUCAGACUCUGUGGCAUCGUUGGAGGCAUUUUCUCUACUACAGGGAUGCUCCAUGGUGUGAUAGGAUUCUUGAUUGAUGUUGUUUGCUGCCGUUUACAAAUGGGAAUAUACAGAAAUCUUAAGGAUGCUCCUCUGGAUGAGCAGCCAAAUGGUGAAACCUUGAUUCCUACAGAAAAUGGCGUUCAGUCAGAAGAGACCCUAUGACUCGGCUGCCCUCUGCUCACCAUCUCUGCCUGACCCACUGAGCAGCGACCAGAUGCUGGGGACAUGUUUACAAGUUGUUUUAUUAUGGAAUACGUCCCUGCUUUAUUCAAAAAUGUGUUGAUCAUUGUAUAAUUUCUUUAUAGUUUUAUUGGGUCGGUGCAAGUUUCAGACAUGAGUGUUCAUCUGCCUGUGAGGGAUCUUUGUAUCAAUAUCUCCUAAUUAUCUGUAAUUUUCACUGCAAAGCUGCACAGCGAUUCCAACACUAAUUCUUUACAUAAUUAUUGUGGACCUGACUUCAUUAAAUAGAUGGUACCUGGUGUUCGAGCGCCAUGGUUACACUCACACAGCUGUCUUCACUGAUCUGUUCUCAGGGUAAUGUUUUUGAGUGUAAGCUUGAUAGAUACAAGCAUUUUCCCCAGAAUCAACACAAGUCUGAUUCUUGGAUGUAGUCUGGUGACCUUAGAAAACUCCCAGCAUAGCUCUGUUCAACAUUUGAUGAAGAGAGGUGUAAGCAGCUACAAUGAAGAAAGGAAACCUGUGUGAGUGUGCAUGGCUGCUAAAUCGGUAUGUGCAAAAAGAAUACAAGGGUUUUAAAUUGUUCCUCAAGUGUUCCUGUGGGUAAAUAAUUGUUGGAAAUAUGAGGCUGAUUUGUUAUAUAAUAAACACUUAAAACUUGA